CUACCGUUGCUACUGCAUGCUGCCGAAAGACCGGAAUCUGGCAAAAAAAAUGGAUAUGGACUAAUCGUUUUAAAUCUAGGAGCCAUACGCGCACCAAACCAAACCGGAAUCUGGCGUUACUGGUUACACGUACUAUCCUACUUGUUAUAAAGUGAUAUUUUACGAUAGUGUGCGCAAAAAUGUCUGCGGUUUUGCGAGUAAAACGGAAAGCCACUUCUCUCCCGGAGGAGAAGCUGUUAGUUUCAGCAAUCAAACGUCAGAAAGCAGAGUCAUCCUCCGAUGAGAGCGAAACAACUGUCGAUCAAACGAUUCUCCAUUUUGCGGGCACUGUCAAGGAUCAGAUUGAGGAUGUUACAAAAUAUGUGGCCAAAGUUCUUCCCAAGCAGGAAAAGGUCAGAAGUUGUAACAAACGAACAUUGUCUCAUGAUGAUAACAUUUUUGUGUCAGGAAAAAUAUCCAGAUUAAUAGAAUCAGAUUCCAUAACAGAAAGAUUUAAAGUUAUCAAUCGUCAACGUUCUGUCGAAAUUUCUGAAAGCUCUGACAAAAAAUGGGUGACACUUAUAGACAUAGAAGAUUCCUGGAAUAUCUCAGAAAAAGAUGAAAAAGAAAAAACAUUAAAUGAUGAUACUGUAGAAAAAAAAGACAAUGUAGAAGAAAAGGAACAAGUAAAAGAAGAUAUGGAAGAGUAUGUGUACGACUUGUAUUGUGCACAAACCUGCAGUCAUGUAUGGUAUGAAAGUGACAAGAUAAUGGUACAACAUUGUGUCGAUUUGGUUCCUGAACAGGAUUCUGACGAAGAUAAAUCAACCACAGAUUCAAACUCAGAAUCACAUUGGAAAAAUGAUUAUCCUGAUGAUAGUGAUAGUAAUUCUUCUGAUGCAAAUAAUACACCUAAAUAUUAUUCCAGUGUUGAUUCAAGUGAAAGCGAACAAGAUGAUUUAGAUAAAUGUACCGCUAUGUUACGUAAAUUAAAACCUCAGAAAAGUACUAGCGAAUCAGUUGAUGAAGGAAACUCUUCAGAUGACAGUAACAAGUCAUUUGGAAUUAUGUAACAUGUUAAUAGACUGAUUAAUUGGCUGUUACACUGAAUAAAUAAGGAUAUGCAGUUCAGUAUUGUUUCCAGGAAGAGAAGCAAACUGAGGAAGAGCACAAAUCUAUGUUCAAAAAAUGUCACGUUUAAAGUAC